CUCUAAUAUUGUUUACAGCAUGGAAGAGGCAGUUCUCUAAGUCUGUUUAUAUAUAGAGGAGAAUCAAAACAUUGAAAAUGGCUGAAGAAAUUGAUUUUGACAAGAAAAAGGCUCAUAAAAAGCGUCAUGCAGGACGAAAAGCAGAAAAGAAAGCAGAGAAAAACAAGCAUGUGCAAGACUUGACAGCAAAACAGAGAAACCCAAAAGCCUUUGCCUUUCAUUCAGCAGUGAAGGCUCAGAGGACAUUUGUAAGAUCACAAGAUAUUAAAGCAAAAAAGCACCACAUACCAGUUGUUGACCGAGCCCCAUUAGAACCACCACCUGUUGUUGUGGCAGUGGUUGGUGGUCCAAAGGUGGGGAAAUCAACACUCCUUCGAUGCCUGAUUAAGAAUUACACCAACCAACGGCUAUCUGAAAUCAAUGGGCCUGUUACCAUUGUUGCAGGUAAAAAGAAAAAGUUAACAUUCAUUGAAGUUAACAAUGAUAUCAAUUGUAUGAUUGAUAUUGCAAAAGUUGCAGAUAUAGUCCUCAUACUAAUUGAUGCAACAUUUGGAAUUGAAAUGGAGGUUUUUGAAUUUCUCGAGAUAUGUCGUGCUCAUGGAUCUCCACGCAUCAUGGGGAUCUUGAAUCAUCUUGACAUGAUGAAAGAUAACAAGGUUUUGAAAAAGAAAAAGAAAACUCUGAAGCAUAGGUUUCAAAUUGAGUUGUAUCCGGGAGCCAAGCUCUUCUUUUUAUCAGGAAUUAUUCAUGGAGAGUAUUUAAAGAAUGAAAUAAAGAACCUAAGUCGUUUCAUCUCUGUCAUGAAGUUCCGACCUUUGACUUGGCGAUCCACCCAUCCAUAUGUCAUAGUGGAGUUUGGUUUUGCAGGUUGUGGAGAUUUCAGGCUUAAGGAUGUUAGUUUCCUGCCUGAUCCUUGUCCCUUGCCUGAACAGCUGAAGAAGCGUUCUCUUAAUGCCAAGGAGAGAUUGAUAUAUGCACCAAUGUCAGGAGUUGGUGGUGUUGUUUAUGAUAAAGAUGCUGUUUACAUUGACCUUGGUGGUUCACAUCAUGGGAACAAGAAUAAGUUCUGGAGCCUCUCCUGAACUUGCAGAAAACAGCAGAUGAGAAACAAGCCGAAAGCCAAAUCAAACUUUUUUCAAACACGCAGUUCAUCUCUUUGGACAAAGGUGAAACAGAAGUCAAGAGAGAAGAGGGAGAAGUGAAAAUGAAACAUUUUCAAGAUUCAGAAAAUAAACUUCCAUCAUAUGAAACUGUGAAGGAUAGCACAGGGAGAAUCAGAAGACGAGUAAUUUUCCAUGAUAAUAGUACUUUGUCCAGUGGGAGCAAGACAAAAGAUAUAAGGGCAGACAGUGAUUCAGAUGACUGUGAUGUUGACAGUGAUUUGAAAGACAUUGUUAGAGGCCUUGAAAAAGAUCAGGCAAACAUUGAUGUAAAAGAAAUCAAACUCAAAGUUGGAAUAAAAGGUUCUGAUAGAGAUAAAAAAACAGUACAAGCCCUUAAGAGAAACAAAGACUUUGAGAUGACAGCAAAGAUUCAGGGUAUUUUAGAGAAGAUCAGUACAGCAUCUGGACAGCAACCUAAACCAAAUCUUGCUGGUAGUGAUUGUGGAUCUGGCAGUGAAAUCUCCAGAAUGAAAGAGUUAAAAAAGGAGGAAAGUAUACAUCAAGUGGAGGGGAUGGAAGAAGAAAAAAUGGAUUACAGGACUGAGAUGUUCAAGCAAGCAACACAAAACUUUUACAAAAAUCAGAAUACAGUUUCAUACCUGAAGAAGUAUAUUUAUGGUCAAGUUAAGGAAGAAAAGAAAGCUGCAGAAGAAGAAGUGGAGGACCACAUAGGAGGACUCUUCCUUCGUGUCUCAAAACCAAAGAGUGGGAUGAGCAGACGGUCUAGUCAGGCAAAUAUGGAUGAAUUAGACACUAGCAGAUACAUUCCACCAGUCCUAAGAGAUUGGAGCUCAAGUGAACUUUUAGAAAGCAUCCGCGACUGUUUUAUGACGGGUGAAUGGAAGGAUGACAAGAAUGCAGAGUCGCUCUUGAAACUUGAUGAUGAAGAUGAGGACUUGUAUGGUGACUUUGAAGAUUUAGAAACUGGACAGAAAUUUUCUGCACCAUCAUCAGAAGAUAUAAAAGAAGGGAAAUCAGGAAAGGAUAUUGAUGAAAAUGUGGUUCCUGAAGUAGAAAAGGAAAAGACAAAAAGAGAGAAGCUCUUGGAAAAGAAGAGACGUCUCAAGGAGAUGUUUGACUCUGAAUAUGAUGGCAAAGAUGAUGGGGAUCACUUUGAUACCCUCAAAGCAGAGUUAAGUCAGCAGGCUCAGUUAAAUCGUAGUGAGUUUGAAGGACUUGAUGAAGAAACUAGAGUGCAGUAUGAAGGUUUUAGAGCUGGCAUGUAUGUACGUUUGGAAUUCACAAAAUUCCCAUGCGAAUUUAUCACCAACUUUGAUAGCAGCUAUCCUGUGAUUGUGGGAGGAUUAUUGGACAAUGAAAGCAACAUGGGUUUUGUUAGAGUACGCAUCAAGGUUCAUCGAUGGUAUCCCAGAAUUCUUAAAAAUAAGGAUCCCUUGAUACUUUCUCUUGGAUGGAGACGGUUCCAGACCCUUAUGUACUAUGCUAAGAGGGAGGACAAUUUUGUUAUGCGUUCUCUGAAGUAUGCAAGGAAGUAUCUCCAUGUUGAAGCCAUGUUCUGGGGUCCUGUAACUACAAUUGGUACAGGAUUUGUUGCUUUACAAAAUAUUGCUGAGCGAGUGUCUGAAUUUCGUAUUGCUGCCAAUGGAGUAGUACUGGAGACUGAUCAGAGCUGUAAAAUAGUAAAGAAGUUAAGACUUUUAGGAACACCAGAGAAAAUUGUUCAGAAAACUGCAUUUGUUAAGGAUAUGUUUCACACUGAAACUGAAAUAGCCAAGUUUGUGGGUGCAAAAGUGCAAACUCAGUCAGGGAUUCGUGGAAUUCUCAAGAAGGCCCAUGGACAUAAAGGAUUGUUUAGAGCAACCUUUGAAGAUAUUAUUAAAAUGAGUGAUGUAAUUGUUUUGAAGACUUGGGUUCCGCUGGUUUUGACGCAGUAUUGUUCAACGAUGCGGACACUUCUUCUUUCUCCAAAGGAAAAAGCAGAGUGGCAAGGAAUGAGGACAGUUGCACAAAUUAAAAAGGCAAAGGGUAUCAAGAAUGAGGUUAAUCCAGACCAUCUAUAUACACCUAUCACUCAACGCAGAGAUUAUGUUCCACUUCCACUUAAGGUUCCAAAAGCAUUACAAAAGGAUUUGCCGUAUAAUAUGAAGCCUAAAGUUACACCAAAAUCGAAAAAGGUUGAGCGUGUUGUUGUAGUGAAAGAUCCACAUGAAGUUGAGAUGGAUGACUUCAUGAAGAGGUUGAAGGUAAUGAUGGAAGACAAAUUGCAGAAAGAGAAGAAAGAGAUGUUAGUUCGUAAAAAGAAGUUCAUAAAAGAAAAUGCAGACAAGGAACUUAAGCGUAAAAUGCGAGAGUCACGUAAGAAGAAAGCAGCAUGUCGUAUUUUGGGCAAGAAAGCAGGGAAAAAAAGUGUUGUGUAGAGAAAUAAAAUAUUUUGCGACAAAGAAAGUUCUGAAUGUUUCUUUUUUUUU